AUGGGAGGAGGACACUGGGAGAAAGACACUGAGGACACUGGGAGAAAGACACUGGGAGGAGACCAGCAAGAGGCGGUCACUGAAGAACACUGGGAGGAGAACCCUGGGAGGAGGCCAGAGGGAGGCGGAUACUGGGAGGAGAACCCUGGGAGGAGGCCAGAGGGAGGUGGACACUGGGAGGAGAACCCUGGGAGGAGGCCAGAGGGAGGUGGACACUGGGAGGAGAACCCUGGGAGGAGGCCAGAGGGAGGCGGACACUGGGAGGAGGCCAGAAGGAGACAGAACAGUCAGCGCUGCUUUGUGCCCGAGGACCACCAUUCUUCAGGUCUGACACACCACAGAGAAACCACAGAGUCCCACAGAGCCCCACAGAGCCCCACAGAGAACCACAGAGAACCACAGAGCCCCACAGAGCACCACAGAGAACCACAGAGCCCCACAGAGCACCACAGAGAGCCACAGAGAACCACAGAGCCCCACAGAGCACCACAGAGAGCCACAGAGAGCCACAGAGAACCACAGAGAACCACAGAGCCCCACAGAGCACCACAGAGAGCCACAGAGAACCACAGAGAACCACAGAGCCCCACAGAGCACCACAGAGAGCCACAGAGAGCCACAGAGAACCACAGAGCCCCACAGAGCACCACAGAGAGCCACAGAGAACCACAGAGCACCACAGAGAGCCACAGAGAGCCACAGAGAACCACAGAGAAACCACAGAGCACCAAAGAGAACCACAGAGCACCACAGAGCACCACAGACCACCACAGAGCACCAGAGAGCACCACAGAGAACCACAGAGCACCACAGAGCACCAUAGAGAACCACAGAGCACCACAGAGAACCACAGAGCACCACAGAGCACCACAGAGAACCACAGAGCGCCACAGAGAACCACAGAGAACCACAGAGCACCACAGAGAAUCACAGAGCACCACAGAGACCCACAGAGCGCCACAGAGAACCACAGAGAACCACAGAGCCCCACAGAGCACCACAGAGAGCCACAGAGAACCACAGAGCCCCACAGAGCACCACAGAGAGCCACAGAGAGCCACAGAGAACCACAGAGCCCCACAGAGCACCACAGAGAGCCACAGAGAACCACAGAGCCCCAGAGAGCACCACAGAGAGCCACAGAGAGCCACAGAGAAACCACAGAGCACCACAGAGCACCACAGACCACCACAGAGCACCAGAGAGCACCACAGAGAACCACAGAGCACCACAGAGAACCACAGAGCACCACAGAGCACCACAGAGAACCACAGAGCACCACAGAGAACCACAGAGCACCACAGAGCACCACAGAGAACCACAGAGCGCCACAGAGAACCACAGAGAACCACAGAGCACCACAGAGAAUCACAGAGCACCACAGAGCGCCACAGAGAACCACAGAGAACCACAGAGCACCACAGAGAACCACAGAGCACCCCAGAGAAGCAGAGAAUGGCCUGUCGUGUCACUGUGGCCUUGUUACAAAACGCUUUUCCCGCCUUCAUCACCGCAGACUGUCACCGCAGGAAGUGUGUCGAUCCUGGACCCCUGGGGGACCUCUGGGGGGCCGAUGGGGGGCCCCUGGGGGACACCUGGGGCUGCGGCGUUAUCAAAGACAAAGCUAUUGUCAAAAAGACGUUAGCGUACGGAUUUGAAUAG